UUAGGCUGGUAGGUGGUAUCACUGGUUGGGAAAUCUUUGUUGAUUGGUUCUUUAAUCAAGUAUUAUACUGCAAAAAAUCAUGCCAAAGUAGGAGAACCAUUAUAAUGGGAUCAGGUAACUGGAGACGGAUACAGUUUGUGGAGUGUCCCGAUAAUAUGAAUGGCAUGAUUGAUGCUGCAACGUAUGCAGACGCAGUGAUGUUGUUCAUUGACGCAAAAUAUGGGUUUGAAAUGCUUCUUAACUUUCCUCUACACAUAACUCAGAUGCUGCCUUUGAAAGGGUUCGCUCUGGUAAAUGUCGGGUUUGCGAUUAUUUUCCCUGACAAAUGUAAUGAUGUUGAGAAGAAGAUAAUCUUUGAUGACUUGAAUACUGAGAGGUUAAGAAUAGCGGUAAGAGGGAAUGCAGGUGAGGCAGAAACAUUUUAAUUUGAUCCCAAAUGAACCAAUUGGGGGUUUUGUGGGUUAGCAAAUUCCGAUGAUGUUACUCCUACUCUUUCACCCUCUGCACCUGCAGCUGUGUGUAUUUCAUUACGCAGUUACAAAUGUUGGGUUAUCAGUCAUCUACAAGCCCUUAUAUCUUUCUUAGAAACCAUGCACUGUCUAUUAUUUUUAUUGGAGUAGGGUAUAGGAGUGGGGACAUGAUGAGGUUCUUCGAUUAUUUCUCAGUGUAACUGCAGAAUGGCUUUUCUAGAUCCUUCAUUGCUUUGAACGUUGCAACCGGAUUAGCUGCUUGAAUAAUGGUUUGUACAGCCUUCCAUUAUUUCUACAAGCAGGUGGCUACUUGGAAAAGGAAGGAGUCAAUGUUUUUAAUGUUGUCGUUCCUUGGGUACAUCCAAGAGAUGGCUACUUCAAGAUUAAUUGUGAUGGCGCUUCAAAUGAACAUCAUUUUGCUGGCAUUGGUGGUGUUAUUCGAGGCGACAACGGAGUUUUUCAGGCUUGCUAUGCGAAGCACAUAUACAGGAACAAUAGUAAUGUUGCUGAAAUAUGGGCUAUAAGGAACGUUUUGCUGCUGGCGAAGGAACCGGGUAUUUUUGGCCAAUAAACAUUUUUGGAAAAAUUGGUUCGAAAAGUUGCCGGAAAGCACCCGG